GUGGGCACCGAGUCACCAGGCACGACAGUGGGCUCUGAGUCAAUUGGCACGACAGCGGGCACCGGGUCAUCAGGUACCAGAUCGUCCGGAUCGACAGCGGGCACCGGGUCAUCAGGCAUUGGAUCGUCUGGCUCGACAGCGGGCACCGCGUCAUCUGGCAAGGCAGUGGGCACUGAAUCACCAGGCACGACAGUGGGCUCUGAGUCAAUUGGCUCGACAGCGGGCACCGGGUCAUCAGGUACCGGAUCGUCUGGCUCGACAGCAGGCACCGGGUCAUCUGGCGCUGGAUCGUCUGGCUCGACAGCGGGCAUUGGGUCACCAGGCAUGACAGCGGGCCCCCGGGUCAUCAGGCAAGACAGCGGGCACUGGGUCAUCAGGCAUUGGAUCGUCAGGCUGGAUCAGUUCAUCAGGCUGGGUACAGACAUCAGGCUGGGUAGGGACAUCAGGCUGAAGUGCGGGUGCCGAGGCACCAGG